AGUCAAUUAACCCGCCGAUAAAGUUUAUCUCCUAAUCAUAUGUACAACUAUACAAUUGAUAACAUUGUAAACAUUUCACAGACUACAUUUGAUCUUUGUUUAUAUGUAUAAUAAUGGCCAGACAGUUGCUGGGUUUAGUUUGUCUGAUACACUACUUCUCCGAGGAGAUUUCUUGUGUCCCAGUUACAAUUAAAACACGACUUGGCAAAAUUAAUGGCACAAAAGAACCGACACCUGACUAUACAACGUCUGUCUACAAAUUUUAUAAUAUACCUUAUGCCAAACCACCUAUUGGAAAACUAAGAUUUGCCAAAUCUGAGCCGUAUGGUCAAUGGAAUGGAACUCUGAAUGCCACCAGCCUUGGCCUAGCUUGCAUGCAAUCACCAGAACUUAAUCCUACGUCUAGGUAUAAAGGAUUCUCGGAGGACUGCUUGCAGUUGAACAUAUAUGUUCCAAAUAAUAUAGCAUCUAAUACUAAACGUUCUGUAAUGGUAUGGAUACACGGCGGUGCAUACCAAUUUGGAUCCGGAACAUUAUAUAACGGUACUAUGUUAGCUGCUAGAGGAGACGUUGUUGUAGUGACAAUAAACUACCGACUUGGAAUAUUUGGUUUUCUUUCAUACAAUGAUACUGCUGCUCGAGGAAAUUUUGGUCUAUGGGAUCAAAUCUUAGCUCUACAGUGGAUUCAAGAGAAUAUUGCAGAUUACACUGGUGAUCCGUCUUCUGUGACAAUAUUUGGACAAUCUGCUGGUGGUUUUAGUGUGUCUCUAUUGUCAGUUAUACCGAGCAUCAAGGGAUUGUUUAAACGCGUCAUUGCCGAGAGUGGUGUGGCUGAUUCAUUCUUUGCUCUGACUGACGACGCAAAAUUAGUGUCUGUUGCUUUAAGUGAUGCUGUUGGGUGUAUUUACAAUCCAAUCACCAAAAAUUAUUACGCCAUGCUGGAUUGUAUGAGAUCUAAAACUUCUAUGGAUAUAAUGAAAACUCUCGAUACAUUGGCUACGGACUUAGAGACAUCCAUACGAGUAGCCAUUCCUCUAGCACCGGUUAUUGAUGGUCAACUGUUUAAUGACUUGCCCUCAAAAGUCCUGUCUGACAAGAAUUCACCCGAGUUCGCGAUGUUUCGGUCUCUAGACAUGAUAGUUGGAAACUGUAAUAUGGAAGGCUCUCUUUAUCUCUCAACAACAGUGAAAGAACAAGAAAAGUACAAAUUUAACAUUACAAAUGGAAUUCCAACUUCGUUUUUAUGUAAACAUUUUGCGCCUUCAUUAUCUGGAUUAUAUUAUCAUCAUAGCCUAAAAGUUUCUGACGCCAUUUGUAAUGAAUAUAGCGUCAAGGACAACAUGGAUGAACAAAGUCGACAAGUUUUAGAAAUGUAUACAGAUUUAUUCUUUAUCGCGCCUUCAUUUUCUAUAUUAGAGUCGCACUCGAAUAAUAAUACAUAUUCAAAAACAUAUCAGUAUGUGUUUACGGAAAAAAGCCCUCUUCCGUUUGGCCCACCUAGACCCGCCUGGUACAGAGGAUCUGGACAUGCAUCGGAAGUUGUCUUUCUAUUUGGAAUUGAUGAUUUGCACUAUUCCCACAUUCCAGUUUCUACCGAUCAGUUUGACUUAGCCUUACGUAUGAAAGACUAUUGGACAAAUUUUGCCAAAACCGGAAAUCCUAAUUCUGAAGAAACCGAUGUAGUUUGGCCGGCAUUCAAUACAGAAACUAAAUCGUAUAUGCAGCUGAAUGAUCAAAACUUAACACGCAAUACUUAUUAUAAUUCGGACAGGGUUAAAUUUUGGUUGGUAACAAUCCCAAGCAUGCUUUAGCAUGAUAGCUCAAUCAAAAAGGAUUUAGACCGGACUAAAGUUAACCCCAAACACUAUUGAUGCGGAACAUUUUUACGUUACUCAUUGUUCUAUUCCUCUACAGUGAUAAAAAGUACCAGUCAUGGAAAAUUCGUAUACUCGCCAAUAUAGAAUGAAUAAUGUGUCUCUUCGUGUUUAUUUUUGACAUUUCCUAUUUCCUAUUUAUCAUUUGGAUUUAACAUUUUUUAACACGUGUCCCCCAAAAAGGGUCAAAAUGAGGAAAAUAAAAUAUGGGAAGGGUGAAAUUUGGACACAGGAGACAGAAAAAUUCAGUCUAUCGCCAGAAACGCUCAACCCUUGACAGUGGAGCUUCGCCAACUUUUUCUUUAUACCUGUAUUUUACAUGUGUAUCAAUAUAUUUGUAUAUUAUACAAAUAUACUGUUUAAUAUGGAAAAUUAAAUAAAACUUUAUAUUGAUCUAUUCUGAUUAAAUUGAGAACAGUU